GUUAAAAACAAUAGUCUAGUAGAAAUGAUAAUUUUAUAUAUUGCGUUCAAGCCGUCUAGCUGCUUACAUGUAUGUGGCUUACACGCAAUUAGUGAGUCUAGUGAAAGCUUGCUACUAGAUAAAACUAGUCGAGUGGACGCCAUCAGAAACCCUGAAUUUCUUCGGAAUUUGACUUGAUAUGCAUGUCGUUAGAGUGCGGUCAGCUCUCUAGCCUGUACAUAUAAAGGCGGCUAGAGGCUUGAUUUUGCUGCAUAAACUGCAGAGACAAGCUUGUUUGUUCAUCUCUCUAUCUACACGGAGAUAUUGCGUGAAAGAUGGCUACCUCAACGAAAUUGAUAGUUGUGAACAAGAUCACUCUCCCCGAGGAGGCCAAACACUUCGUCUUCUAUCAAGAUCCGCUGAAACCAGGUCUCAGCACUGACGUGUUCGUGUGGCGCACACUCAACAUUCAAUCCGGAGGAGGACAGGGAUACAUCACCGUUCCAUUUGACGUGCAGUACACAGCAUCAGUGAGCCACUCGCCUACUAGCGUUCAGACAUCCAAGUCGUACUCGGCAAUAAAUGGUGACGUGCUCACUGUCACAAAGGACACAGGAAGUGACGCUCCAAUACUGACUAAAACAAGCUCAGGUUCUACUUCAAGUAGCAACUAUGUCGCUGUGAAGAACGGAUACGCGGGAGUGAAGCAAGUCGUCGUUCAAGCCCUCAAGAACGGUUCUCCUCUCGUUCAGCAAACAAUGAUGGAUCUGAAUGACGUAGCACAAUUUGAAAUCCACUCCGUUGUCUACUUGGCUUGGCGUAGCGAUCUGCAACAGGGAGAUUCGUUCAAAAGCGGUACGUACGCAGGCACCUCUCAGAAAGUUGACCUCACAAACCCGAUUUCCCAAUUGCCAGCAAAAACCGUCAAGGUGACUGUCACCAACAAGAGCAAUAAAAUUCUGACAGAAGUGGAGUAUCCAGAGGACUAAAACAGUUAGCGUGCAAGCUGUUCCACUCCGAAUGACUGAUUGUGGAGAAAAACUCGAUCAUCGCGUAGCUCUACGUAGUGCAUGAUGUUGUUGCUGAUUUCUGUGACUCUGUUCGUCCGAUGUAGUCACUAGAGUGUGAUGAACUAAAUCUAGAGAAGCUGU